GAUCUUCUUCGGUAAGAUGCCUGUUCAAUUUGAAUCUGUCAACAGUUCCGCGACGCGUGAAUCCACGUUUGGAAAUGGGAUACCGUAUUCCAACGACGGUGAUAUCGUCAUCACAGGCAUAUCAGGCCGCCUGCCUAGAUCGUCUAAUAUUGAGGAAUUUAAAGAGAAUCUCAUGAAAGGAAUAGACAUGGUCUCUGAUGACGAUUGUCGUUGGUCAGCAGAUAUGCACGAGUUAUUAUCCAAAUAUGGCAAAAUCAAGGACCUCAGUAGCUUUGACGCCUCAUUUUUCGGAAUACCUCCCAAGCUGGCACAUAUAAUGGACCCACAGGCACGCAUGCUGUUAGAAGUCACGUACGAGGCGAUAGUUGAUGCUGGUGUCAAUCCCAUGAGUGUGAGAGGAUCACGUACCGGAGUGUACAUGGGUGUUAGUUAUACGGAAGCGGAAGGGUUUGGGAUGAAUAAUAUAGACGCCACAAAUGGUUUGUACCUCACGGAAAGCAAUACCGAAUAUUUCUUUAGGCAAUUAUUUUCAUGGUUAAUUGAUCAGGCAGCCUAUAGAGAACAGAUUUCAGAAAACACUGUUUCCAAAUUUUGUCGACAGAAAGACUACAAAUUUUAUACAGACUCUGAUAUAUCACAUAAUGUGGGCAGAACAUCAACAGAUACAUAUAUAAUGAAGCUUGAUAACAUGUUUAGACAGCAGAUUGGCGGCAGACAUUCAGCAGAACCUGCUCACGCAACAUGGCGACAGAUUGCAGCCGAAACCGAGCAGAAUUUGUUGACACAAGUUGUCGGUAGAUUGGUAACAAAACAGAGCAAACUUUGUCGUUUAGUAGCGUAACGUUCCCUCUACCUGGACACGCGGCAUGACACUUUCUCGUAAAAAGAACACCCCCCGCACGCGGUAUUAUAAAUUAACACAUCCACGUGAGAUUUUGGUCAUCUUUUGGAAGUGCUAAAAUGAACUGUCUUGCACUCUUGUGUAUCGAGUGCGUAGAAAUCUUAAAGGACUACUUACUUAUUUUCAUCUUUGUAAUGAAAGGAACAAAAACGGUAAAAAUAUAAAUUAAACGACAAAUCCUACUCAGUUUUUACCACCAAUCUGCCAUCAAACUGCCGCGCAGAUCCUGCUCGGUUCCUGACGACAAUCUGCAGUUGCCCGAGCAUGUCAGCAAAGUCUUGCAGCAGAACGCAGACUGAAUGCGGACGCAGAUGAUGCCAAUUUGCAGAAAUGUUUCGAUGAAAUCUGUUGCCAGUCUACCAAAAAUCUGCUAUCAUUUUGUU